AUGACUGAUCCUGAUCACCUUGCUGCUAGGAUUGCCAGCACCCAGAUUGCAGACAGCAACCCACAGGCAUCAUGGAAUUGGAUGGAGACAAAGCUGUCUGACCUUACAUGGAUUGUCAAGCAGUCUCAACUCCCACUGGACUGGAUUCAAGCAGAGCAGCUGGAGAACCCAGUGUGCAAUGAACUGACAGAGUGGCUCAAAGAAAACUAUGACCACUUGAAUGCCAGGUUUCACAUAAGCCUCAUUGCUGCAUUGGUUCUCACAGCCUGGGCUCUCUCCCAUCAAAUCAAACAUAAUGAGGGCAACAUUCCAUCAGAAUGCAAGAAAGGUGCAAACAUGGUGGAGUAUGCCCACAGCCUUGUAUGGGACCAUGAAUAUUGGACAACUCAAUCAGGAUGGAAAGCCAAAGUGCCACUCUUCCACCUGUGGCUGAUCUUUAUCUCAGCCAUUGUAGUGGAGGAGAGUCCUUGGUGGCAAAGGGAGGAACAAAAAGUGCAGACUCAAUCAAUCAAAAAGGCAUCCCAUACACCUGAGCAGGAGGAGAAUACAAAUAUGAUGAGUGCUUUCCAUACCAAACUACAUAUUCCCAAUGCUUUCAAGCCAGGAAGCUGCUUUCUGAAGGACUGGAAACUCCAUACAAAGGCAAUGCUUGAAGCUGGGCUGGCAACUGUUUACAAGCACCUGGCACAACCAGCACACAUGUGUCCAGUGUUCUGUGCAGUGCGUCACUUCUUGGGUGAUAAGUGCUGCAGACUACACAUAGGAGAGAAAUUCCAAGUCCCAGCCUUUAAGAUGCAUGUCCCUUCCAACUCAUUGAGACACAAGGCUUCAGAACAAUCCCUAUGUGAGGAUUCAGAGUCAUCAAAUGAUGAUGAUGAAAAUCCUGGGGCAUGGUCAUAUCCAUGUUGGUGA